AUGGCUGAAAUAGCAGCUGGAGCUGUUGUGGCUGAACAAGUCGUAUCCACAACCCUCGAAGGCUCAGCAAUCGCUGGAUAUGCUGUUGCCAAACCCACCGUACCUCUAAAGGCAACCUUCUCUCAGAUUGCUACCGCAGACAAGGAUGACGCCGCCUUGGCUCUUGCACGCUCACAUCACACCGUCAGCAUCGCCAACGACAAGGCAUGCAUCUUUGGAGGCCAGACCACUGAUGGAAAGCUGGCAUCCAACGACAUCCACACUGUGACUCUGCCAUUGAAGCAGACACACGAGACAGAUAUUGCUUAUGCUUGUUACCCGGCCGUUCCUCGCGAUGAAGGAGCUGCUGUGCCGAGUGCACGCACCAGGCAUGCUGCCUGUGUCCAAGGCCAUGAGCUAGCCGUCUUUGGAGGCUGUGACGAGAAGCAUGCUCCUGUAGAUCAGGAUUCUUCCUUGUGGAUCUGGAACAUUGAAUCUUCAAAAUGGCACCAGGUUUCUUCAGAAGGUCCAAAACCUUGCCCACGAUUCGACCACGAACUGUUCCAUUAUGGCGGCCACAUUCUUCUUCACGGCGGACGAUCGUCCGUAGAGACCGAACUGAACGAUACCUGGUUCUUCGACAUGAUUGCUCACACCUGGACUCAACUUCCCGAUUCUCCAGAACAUUCAGAAAGUGUAGCUUUUGCCGACGGCACACUCUAUAUGAUCACCAACUCGCCCGCUGAGGGCAUCACUCAUGUAUACAGACUCGAAAUUGGUGACAGAGUUCCUGCUCCAGGAUCGGCACAUGGACUACAAUGGCAGCGAAUCACAAACUCGACGGAAGUCCCUUCAUCCGCAGGACCUGGAGCGCGAACCGGCGGAUCUCUGAUUCCGGUCACUACCGGAUAUGGCCGUCUGUACCUAGUCUACUUCUUUGGCAGUAGAGAAGUCCAUGUUGAUGCCGAGAGCCCCGGGAAGUCAGUCGAGUCUAGCGAGGCUCCUCGACCUUUCGAAUCUGAUCUGUGGACCUACCAACUACCAUCAAAGUCGACCAAACCUACUAGCUGGACAGACUUCAAGCCGGCGGCUAUCAAGGACACGAUCAGGGACAAGCUGGGAUACAAGAGCGGUGGCUAUGAGUGGGCCGAAAUCGAAGUGCAAGCGACAGAGCAGAGUGGUCAUGAAGGCAAGGUACACCCCGGACCUCGAGGCUUUUUCGCAGCAGACGUUGCGAGCGAUGGAAGAAGCGUAGUCAUGUGGGGAGGAGAUAACGCAAGAGGUGAGAAGGAAGCAGAUGGCUGGCUCAUCCGCUUUGAAUAA